CAGCAUAUUAGACCCUUCUUCCCCCAAUAAUGCAAUUAUAUUCCUCCUUUUCUUUUCAUCUCAAUUCUUCAAAAUCUCUGUAAUUUGAGUUUGUCACCUCCGAUCUUGUUUUCAGUCAGCGAGUUGUUAACGAUGGCUUUUCAAAUUGCGAAACGCCUCCUUCGCAGCCGCGCAACAAAUGAAGUCUUCACGAUGUCGAGAAGCCCUAGCUUAGGACUUUUCUCAUCGAUCGAUCGGAACUAUUCUUCCAGCUCCAAUCUGAUCCGCGCCACUCUCUUCCCCGGCGACGGUAUCGGUCCCGAGAUCGCCGAAUCCGUGAAACAGGUAUUCACAGCUGCAGAUGUCCCAAUCGAAUGGGAAGAGCAUUUCGUGGGGACAGAAGUUGAUCCAAGAACUCAAAGUUUUGUUACAUGGGAAAGUCUAGAAUCAGUAAGACAAAACAAAGUGGGGUUAAAAGGACCAAUGGCUACACCAAUUGGUAAAGGUCAUCGUUCAUUAAACCUCACCCUAAGAAAAGAACUCAACUUAUAUGCCAAUGUUAGACCAUGCUACAGUCUACCUGGUUACAAGACUCGUUAUGAUGAUGUAAAUCUUGUCACUAUUCGUGAAAACACAGAAGGAGAAUACAGUGGUCUUGAACAUCAAGUGGUGAGAGGAGUUGUUGAAAGUCUUAAAAUCAUCACACGUCAAGCAAGUUUAAGGGUGGCUGAAUAUGCUUUUUAUUAUGCUAAAGCCCAUGGAAGGGAGAGAGUAUCUGCUGUACACAAAGCUAACAUCAUGCAGAUGUCUGAUGGUCUGUUCUUGAAGUGUUGUCGUGAAGUUGCUGAGAAAUACCCUGAGAUUAAAUACGAGGAAGUUGUCAUUGACAAUUGUUGUAUGAUGCUAGUGAAGAAUCCAACACUGUUUGAUGUUUUAGUGAUGCCAAAUCUUUAUGGUGACAUCAUAAGUGAUCUUUGUGCUGGGCUAAUUGGAGGAUUAGGGUUAACACCAAGUUUGAACAUUGGAGAGGGUGGUAUUGCUCUUGCUGAGGCUGUUCAUGGUUCAGCUCCUGAUAUUGCUGGAAAGAAUUUGGCAAACCCAACUGCAUUGUUACUGAGUGCUGUGUCGAUGCUUCACCAUUUGGAUCUGAAUGAAAAAGCUGAUCAGAUUCAGGAGGCUGUCUUGAAAACAAUUGCAGAAGGGAAGUACAGGACUGGUGAUCUUGGGGGAUCAUCAACAACCACUGACUUCACUAAAGCUAUCAUUGAUCAUCUUUGAUUUUUUUUUUCUUACAAUAACACCAAUUUUGCAUUUAUAUAUGUAAACAUUUGGAGUUGUAACUUGUAAGGAGGGAAUGAAUUAGACCCACCCAGAACAAGAUUUUUCUUUUUUUUUUUUUUUUUUUUGUGAAGAUUUUAUUUGAGCGAUAAAGAUACAAACAUACUGCUCAAAACUCAAAAGAGAAAGCUGUACUAGCUGGCAUGAUUUUAUUCCUUGGUAUUAUUACUUGUAACUUAUCAAUAA